UGUCAACAUGUGGAAUGAUAACGUCAGUCACUGAAAGAAAUCCUAGUAGGAACAUUGGUCUAGUUUGUAGGCUAUCCUCAGUUUGGAAAAGUGAUUAGUUUUUUGGGAUACGCCCGGUCUACAACAACACAACUGCGGUCGUGUUUUUUCAACGCAAUUUUUCAACGCAAUUUCGGUCGUCUCUAAGCGAGAUCAGUGUGAGGGGAUAUAGCGCGGAGAGUGUUUAUCGCUAUGUCUUGUUUUUAUAAACGUCCCAACAGGACUAAAUCAGAGGAGAAGAUUUUUCAAGAGAAAGUGAAAAGGGUUGCGCGAGUCAAUGGGAAACUCUUAGGUCUAGAGGGCGAUGCAGACCUCCAGUUCCUGCUGAAAGGUGGUGAGCUGAUGAAGGUAAAGUCGUCCACAUGGAAGAAGAACCGCUUCUUUAAGCUGCAGGAGGACUGCACGACCAUGUGGCAUGAAUCAAACAAACCAUUUGGGAAAAAACAGACCUUCUCCAUUGAUGACAUAGACUCUGUGCGUAAGGGCCGGGAGUCAGAGGGUCUGCAGAAGUACACAGAUGCUCAGGAAGAGGACCGGUGUUUUUCCAUCAUCUUUAAGGGUCGUCGGAAGAAUCUCGAUCUGAUGGCCACGUCGGCAGAGGACGUCCAGCAGUGGGUGAGUGGGCUGGACAAGAUCAUCACCAACACUAAGAAACUCAACCGCCAGCAGACGAGUGAACACUGGAUCUUUGAUGAGAUGAGAAAAGCAGACAAGAACAAGGACAACAUGAUGGAUCUGAAGGAGCUGAAACACUUCCUCCGCCAGAUCAACAUUCAGGUGGAUGACUCAUAUGCUGCAGUGCUUUUUAAAGAAUGUGACACAUCUAACUCAGGCACAUUAGAGGGUCCAGAGAUCAAGGAAUUCUACGAUCUUCUGACACACCGCCAGGAGAUUGAUGUGAUCUAUGGGAAGUACAGCAGCACCGAUGGGCAGAUGGGCGCUGAGGAUCUCCUCGACUUCCUCCAUAAUGAACAGUGUGAACAGGUCACCUUGGAGGACGCUGUGAAGCUCAUAGAGAAAUACGAGCCGGAUGACUCAGCCAAGCAGCAGAGUCACAUGACCAAAGAUGGCUUCCUAAUGUACCUGCAACAGGAGGAGGGGUCCAUAUUUAACCCCGCCCACAAAGAGGUGUUCCAGGAUAUGAGCCAGCCACUUAACCACUACUUCGUCAGUUCGUCCCACAACACUUAUCUGACGGGGGAUCAGCUCAAAUCGCUUAGCAGCACGGAGGCCUACAUCAAGGCAUUGAUGAAGAGUUGUCGCUGUGUGGAGUUGGAUUGUUGGGAUGGUCCUAAUGGAGAACCAGUCAUCUACCAUGGGUAUACCCUGACCUCCAAGGUCCUGUUCAAAGAUGUCAUCAAGGCCAUUAGGGAGUACGCCUUCAAGACAUCAGAGUACCCUGUGAUCCUGUCCCUGGAGAACCACUGCACCCUGGACCAGCAGAAGCUGAUGGCCCAGCACAUGAGAACCAUCCUGGGCAGUGCCCUCCUCACCGCCCCCCUGGAAGACCAGAUGCCCACCACCUUCCCCUCACCCAAGGAGCUGAAGGGUCGGUUCAUCAUCAAGGGGCAACGUCUAAAUAAGCUGGACACUGUGUUUGGCUCCAGUCCUGGAGUGGAGGUGGAAAGUAUUUCAGAGGAAGAUGAGGCUGCAGAGGUCAACGACGCUAAGAUUGACAGCAACGGACAAAAGGCCAAGUCCGAGAAAAAGAUCAAACUAAACAAGGAGCUGUCAGACUUGGUGAUCUACUGCAAGAGUGUCCACUUCUCAGGGUUUGAAAAUGCUAAAGCCAAGCAGGCAUUCUACGAGAUGUCUUCCUUUAAAGAGACCAAGGCUGCUAACCUGGCUGAGACAGCAGCUAACGCCUUUAUCCACCAUAACAUGAGCAAGCUGAGUCGGAUAUACCCUGCCGGAUCCAGGACAGACUCCUCCAACUACAACCCGGUACCCAUGUGGAACACAGGCUGCCAGAUAGUGGCACUGAACUUCCAGACUCCUUCUAAGGAGAUGGAUCUGAACCAGGGGAGGUUCCGACCCAACGGAAUGAGUGGCUACAUCCUGAAGCCCGACUUCCUGAGACAGGCUGGAUCUGCAUUUGAUCCUGUGACCCUUACUGACGGUCCGUGGCUUAAAAGGAAGGUCUUACACGUCAUGGUGAUCUCGGCCCAGCAGCUGCCUAAGCUGAAUAAGGAGAAGACUAAAUCCAUCGUGGACCCGCUUGUUAGAGUGGAGAUUUAUGGUGUUCCAGUCGACAACGCCAGCAAGGAGACACAUCACAUAGACAACAAUGGUUUUAACCCCAUGUGGAACAAGAAAUUCCAGUUUAACCUCAAGGUUCCAGAUCUGGCCAUGGUGCGCUUCCUGGUUGAGGACUACGACCACACCUCCCACAACGACUUCAUUGGACAGUUCAGCAUGCCACUCACCAGCCUACAGAAUGGUUACCGCCAUGUUCCUUUGCUCACCAAACGUGGUGAUGUCAUCCCCUGCGCCGGCCUGUUUGUUCACAUCAUUCUGCUGGAUCCCUAGUAUACCAUACUGGCCCCUCCCAUGUCACACUGACCCCACCCACUUCAUAUGUACCCCUCCCACAUCAAACGGACCUGCCCAGACCUUGCUGGCAACUCCCACAAUAUGCCGACUCCUCCCUCACACUACUGACCAACCCACUGCAAUAUACAUGUUUUCCUUGACAGAUUAGAUCAGUUUUAAUCUGAAGAUUAAUUGGAAAAUAAUUAGAAAAGAUGUAAAAAUAUAUAUGUUUUUAUUAUGAUCUUUAUGUCAAAGCUAGAUGAACUGUAAUAUAAAUAGCUUACAUGAUAUUUCGAUAUUUAGUAUUUGUUUUAGAAUGUAUUUUUAAAUUUUUCUAAGAAAAGCACUUGCACAUAAAAAAAAAAUGGUUUUCAUGUUGAAUUUUAUUUGACAUCAAGUUUUACAUUCAUUCAUGAAUGAAUGAAUGAAUGAAUGAAUGAAUCAAGUUUUACUUCCCAACUGAUAUCAUAACAUCACUGUGGCAUGUUGUUAUAACGUUAUUAUUAUGCUAAUUUGUCUGCUCUGGAACAGGGGUUAGCUAACAUGUUCUGAACCUUAUUUAAGUGGGAGUUAUUGUUCAACUGAACACUACAAACAGCAUUGUGUUUGGUUGUACUGAACACUACAAACAGCAUUGUGUUUGGUUGUACUGAACACUACAAACAGCAUUGUGUUUGGUUGUACUGAACACUACAAACAGCAUUGUGUUUGGUUGUACUGAACACUACAAACAGCAUUGUGUUUGGUUGUACUGAACACUACAAACAGCAUUGUGUUUGGUUGUACUGAACACUACAAACAGCAUUGUGUUUGGUUGUACUGAACACUACAAACAGCAUUGUGUUUGGUUGUACUGAACACUACAAACCGUUCAUUUAACUGUGCCCUCUGUCCUGAGAUUGUUUGUGCUUGUAACAUUGCCAUGGUGUUUUUCUCAAAGCUACGUUUGUACCAGCUCUUGAAUGAAACGUUAUUACAGAGUUGUUGAAAUAUUGUUUUUAUUAGGGAAUCUGCUGACAGCCAGGAUAAUUAUCUGUGUUCUUCUAAAAAUAAAUUGUACAUUGUUUAAUCUUAGAAA